GAGCUGAACACACGAGGGCGCUGUUUGCCCCAGAAUCCGCGACCUUUGUUCAAGUAGUAAAUGGGCGUGUUUGCUGUGAGCGUGCUGCUCCGUCAGUCCUCAGAGCGACAGGACAUGGAGUGAAGUUUGAAACUAGUAAACACACUGAGGCCCGUGAACCUCAGGGAAUAACGUGAAGGAUGGAGGAUUUCUGGGCAGGGGUCCUUUGGGCCAUCAGGAUUUGGCUCUACCUCAUUUUAAGCCUCAUCAUGAUCCCAGCCAUGUUUGGAUUUUCUCUUGGCAUCUCUGAGACCUACAUGACCAUCCUGGUGAAGACGCUAGAGUGGGCCACUCUGAACAUACAGAAGGCAAACGCAGAAGAAGUAAAGGUUAGAGCUGCCGCAUCAAACGGACUCAUUCAAAGGGAGGACGGCUCUAUGGAGAAGGAGCUGGAAGAGCUCAGGCGCAGUAGACCCAAACCGCCAGUGGGAGGCGACUUCACUCUUAGCGACUGUUUCUAUUUCACUCGGAGAGGAAUUGAGAGCAUUGUAGACGACGAGGUAACCCAACGGUUCACCUCCGAGGAGCUGGUAUCCUGGAACCUGCUGACUCGCACCCACAAUGACUUCCAGUACAUCAGUCUGAAGCUGACACUGGUCUAUGGCCUUGGUAUCUUUGUUCGAUACUGCAUCCUUGCACCGCUUAGGAUCACGCUGGCCUGCAUCGGUCUCACCUGGCUGGUGAUCGGAACGUCUGCCGUUGGGUUUCUUCCAAACUGCAGGGUGAAGUUCUGGCUCAGUGAAUGGGUCCAUGUUAUGUGCUACAGGAUCUGCGCUCGAGGACUCUCCGCAACUAUUCACUACCAUAAUAGGGAAAACAAACCCAAAAAAGGAGGAAUCUGCGUGGCCAACCACACCAGCCCCAUAGACAUCGUAAUACUCUGCAACGACGGCUGCUAUGCUAUGGUGGGUCAGAUCCACGGAGGCCUGAUGGGCAUCGUUCAGAGAGCCAUGGUGAGGUCUUGCCCUCACGUCUGGUUUGAGAGGUCAGAGAUGAAAGAUCGCCAUCUAGUGACCAAAAGGUUAAAGGACCACGUGAAUGACAAGACAAAACUUCCCAUAUUAAUAUUUCCAGAGGGAACCUGUAUUAAUAACACAUCUGUCAUGAUGUUUAAGAAGGGAAGUUUUGAAAUCGGAGCGACAAUAUAUCCCGUAGCCAUCAAGUAUGACCCGAAGUUUGGAGAUGCUUUCUGGAACAGUUCCAAGUACAGCAUGGUGAGCUACCUGCUGCGAAUGAUGACGAGCUGGGCUCUCGUCUGUAACGUCUGGUACCUGCCUGCCAUGCACCAAGAGGAGGGAGAGGAUGCCGUCCAAUUUGCCAACAGAGUGAAGUCCGCCAUAGCUCACCAAGGAGGGCUGGUAGACCUGCAGUGGGACGGAGGUCUGAAGAGAGCGAAGGUGAAGGAUUCAUUUAAGGAGCAGCAGCAGAAGAAGUACAGCAGCAUGGUGGUGGGAGACGACAGCAGCAGCAAUAGUGACUGAGAUCCGCUUUCAGCACGAGGGACAAGGCCUCCAACUUGUUUUGCCAAGAACAAAUGAUGGAAGCGGACAACAACAAAAAAAACUGCUGGUUUUCACAUUAUCAGGACACGGGAGGAGUCGCCCUGAUGGACUUUAAAAAGAGCAGCUGUGUGGAAACCAAGCGAGUAACAAAAGUGCAAUAGAGCAGAGGAAAAAAGGAAAUACUUUGUUCUUACAGCGGCUUAUCGGUUGUUGCAAUUGAAUAAUAUUGUUGAGAAACUUCACACUGAAACGUGUGAUGACAGAAAAUUCACUCAUGAAAUGAUUCUUUUCUGUAAAAAAACAAUUACAGAUUAUGUAUUAGCUGCAUAAUUAUGUAGGGGCCCAAAUCUUUCCUGCUUAUUAGUUCAUAUCAUUAAUCAUGAGUGAAAAAAAGUCAUAUAGUGUGAUUAAAUAAAAAAAAGCACCUCCUGUGUCUAUUUAUUAUGCAGUUGAACUGCGAAAUUACUGAUAAUCCACAGAACCUGUUCUGUUUUGCAGUAAAGUGCCACAGAAACCCUGAAA